AACAAAUACAAAAUCAUGACAACUCAAUUAAGAUCAAAAACCAGUGCAAUAGAAUAAGUGCAAUUAAUAGCCCACAAAAUAAACAUGCGCCUAUUAUCAGCAAUGGCGACAGCGCAACCAACUGCAACAGCAAAAGUGCUAAACCAACUGCAACAGUAAUUACAUCAGCAACAGCUAAGUCACCAACAGUAAAUGCAAAUAAAAUUGCUGAUAUUCCGCGACUUCAAAUCGAAACCAAUGAUGCGCCAAAUGCAUCACCUUCAGCAACAGCAUCGCCUGUCGUUGGCAGCACUGGUUGUGCAACAGUGCCACGACGACGUAGUCCAGCAUUGGCUGCGAAUGAACGUUUCUGUGCCAACAACAACGGCAACCUGCAUAAAUUCAACAAAUACGGAAGCAACACACCAGCCAUGACAGCUGAUAAGACAUUCUUAAGUAACGCGCCUAACCGAAUACAAAAUGGCGACAAGCGAGCGACUGACUUAACAGCUGCAACAACAACAGCAACAACGGGAGCAGCAUCAGUACUGGCGUCAGAUGCAAGUACUCAAUUGGCAGCAUUAGAUAAUUUGGAUUUGGCGCUUAGCUUGGAUUUGACAGAUGAGGAUGGCGAAGAUCCAUAUUUCGCAUUGCAAGAGUAUUUGGAAAAAGUCAAAUUGGAAAUCAAUGAAGUAUUUGAAUUGCAUAAAGCUCGCCAAAGAAUACAACAAUUGCAACAGGAAUAUCAUCAACAACAGCAACAGCAACAGCAGCGGCAAUCACAGGAACAAGCCAACUUUGCCACAUCCACGCCAGUCACCAUGGCAGCGGCAAGAACAACAGCUGUAAUCAAUGAUGAAUUGUCGCUUUCAACAGAAUCUGAUAGUGGUUUUGACAGCGCCAGUGGUGGACACAUACGUUGUUGGAAAAAUAUUACCAACAACAGUAACAGUAAUAACAGCAACAGUAACAAAUUACCCACAAGCAUUGCAAAGACAACAACACAGCCAACAGCAACAAACGAGGAAAUCUGUUCGUUGACGGAAAUUAGUUGUCAGAGUGACAUUAAUGAACACGCGUCGCUUCCAGCAGCAGCAACAACAACAGCAGCAGUUAAAGUAACUGAAAACAAAGAUUUGCAACCUGACAUAAGUGAAAAAACAAAUAGUAGUAAAAGUGCAAAUGGAAAUGCAAAUGAAAAUGCAGCAACAAAUAUGUUGUCAACAGUUGCAGGCCAAAUGCGCAUAAAAUCACCAACAUUAACCAAACUAAAAGCCUUACCGCCACCACCACUUAGUCCACCACUCAGUCCAGCAAUAAUACAACAACACCAUAGCGAUAUAGGAGCCGAUAUGGCUACAACAUCAGUAAAAACACCCAAUCGUUUGCAACAACAACAAUCGGCAGCUGUUAUUAGUGCGGAAGCCAUCGCAAACGAUGAUGUUAACAUUUGGGCAAAUAAAUUCUUACGCGAUUUGGACAACUUAAUGGCUACAGAUAAGCCAACCACAUCAUCAUCGGCCGCCUCAUCACCAACAUCAACUACAUCGCCCAUGUUGUUGUCAGCUGCCGCCUCAGCCGCCAUACAAAGUCGCUAUGGCAAAGGUGCGCCAAAUAUCGAGCGCGAACGUGAACGUGACCGAGAAUGCGAAUCGCAAACAGCAGCCACUGCAAAUGGCGUACUUCUACGACCAGAGAAGCAUGCAACCAUUCCAUUACAAUCAUUUAACCUUGAUUGUGGACGUCGCGAUAAUAGCUCCCAACCGGCCACAACUACAACAAAAACUCAUAUUGCUUACAUGAGAACAUUGUCGGCACCAACACCAUAUCAACAACAAUUACAACAACAACAACAUCAGCAACAACUUAACGAUAUGAAGUCCAGUAACAGCAUGACCAGCGGCAAAUAUAAUCGCAACAGUUUAGCAACAUUUAACAUGGCAACAGAGCAUAAUCAGCAACAACAGCAGCAUCCGCACCAACAACAACAGCAACAACAUAAUUUGACAAAUUUCCAAAGUAAUGAUACCGCCACAAAUGCACCAGCAAUGAAAUCAACAACAAUAUUAAAAAUUGAAGAGACAGCAGCAGCAACAAACGAACGACAGCAAAAGCAGCAGCAGCAACAGCAGCAACAGCAACAGGCACUAUUAAAAGCGGCUAAUAUUGCUACUAUAGGCUGUACAGUGGUUGCACAUGAACAUGAUGAGAAUUUACUUAAAUCCAUGAGACAACGUCAUUUGGAAAACGAUAUGGAAACAAUACGUAACGCAUUGCUAAAACAAAAUCAGCAAUUGGCUGCUAUGGAAACGAACGUAAACAACAACAGUAGCCGUAAUAGCGAUAAAAACAUGUUGGUGGCAUCCGGCACGGCGACAUCAAUACCAAAACGGGAGCGCAUUAAUCAUGCAGCUACAACACCAAUAGCAAAAACUCCAAUAACAACAGCAGUAACAGGUAACUAUAUUUCACCGACAAAUACUUUAUUAAGCUCAUCCACUAAAUCAACAACACUUAAUGCAUCGCCAGUAACAACAACAACAACACCAACAAAUUAUUUAUUAAACGGCAGUGAUGCGACCAAAAAAGGAUCAACCUCAACAAUCUGGACAUCAGAGGAAUCAAUACUUAGGAGCGUUGGCGCCGUCGAUGAAGACAACAACUCGACUUCAUCGUCGGCUUGCGAAGAAGCGUCUGGUGUUUUAAGCUCUGGUAAAUCGGGCAUAUCACUUGAUUCAUCCGGUCUGGACAACGAUAAUAAUGAAAGUGGCAUAGGUACAGCGACACCACCAAAGGACUUAUGCUAUUGGAAGGGUUCACAUAAUGAUAAUGAAUCUGUUAGUAGCUUGGAUGCGCUACGAAAAAUGAAAUUUCAAAAAAGCAAUUCAGUGGCAUCCUCAGAUGAUCCAGAUGCACUUGAAGUGCUGAGCUUAUGUGAUGAUGAGCCUCAUGGCGAUGAAGAUGUUGAUGAAACACAUUCAGCCGCCUAUGAAAUAGCGCAGCAUCAGCAAGAACAGCAACACACACAACUUGAAAAACAGCAAAAACGUCAGUCGCGUCACCGUCACUGCAGAUUACGUGACAAUGUUGACAGCAAUGAAGCUGAUACUGUAGCUAACGCUAUUGAUGCAGAAGAUGAUCUAGUUGAUGCUGAAGUUGAAGAUGUUGUAGAUGCUGAUGAAGAUGAAGAGGGUCAAGAUGAAUUUGAAACAGUACCCUACUGUGAUUGUGAUUGUACCGAUGGUGAUUUGAGCAGUGCUAGUGGCAGUGGUACAAGUGGCAAUCAAACAAUGCCAAAUGAUACAAGCGCUGUUGUUUUGAGACGUAAAUAUAAGAAUGCAACGCCUAUAAUGGUACCAAUCGGUGGACGUACACAAAAAUGCCGCAGUCACUCAUUGGAUACAUCAUCGUUACCCACAUCCUAUCAACACUCCUAUCAUCAUUACCAGCAUAUGCCGUUGGCACGUCUUAAAGAACGCAUCCGAGAACGUACCAAAGAGCGGGGUCAACUAUCUCUGGCAUUGCGGCAAGAACCUUUUCAAUCGUUACUAACGCCAACGCACUUUCAUGAAUUGCCUUCACCCAGCAGCGCAUCACUGCACAGCGGUCAUGAAAGUCUGGGCAUACAGGAACUGACAACAAAAUCCAAUUCGGCGCCAUUGUUGUUGAAACAAGAGAAGAAACGUGAUGAUUUUGCUGGUCAAAAGCUGACGUUAAGAUAUUCACGUUCACAGAGCGAUCGCUAUUUAGCAGAAAUUGAAGCGGUUGAAGCAUGCAAAUGGCUGCGUGCAGCAGGUUUUCCGCAGUAUGCACAAAUGUAUGAAGAUCAUCAAUUUCCUAUUGACCUCACUAAUGUUGCCAAAGAUCACACGAACUUAGAAAAUGAUCAACUUCAGUCAUUAUACAGGCGUCUCUGCAUAUUAAAUCGUUGCGCCAACAUGCGUUUGGAUCAAUCUCACAAAGCACAAACUCCACAGAAAGAGGAUUCAGACGAUGAGAACUUUGCCCUUAGUGAAAACUGGACAUUCCAACCACACAUACGUCGAUGGUCACGUAUUGGUGAAGGUGGUCUUGAAUUGCCACCAGGCGGUAAAAUAAAUAUAGAAAAAACAGAAAGUUCUUCAAAAGAAUCCAGUCCUGAUCGUUUUGAAGAUGAUUCAUAUGAUGUUACUGGAGCUGGACUGUCACUCACUUUACCUGGUAUCUGCACAGGUGAUGCUGCAGAUACAACAUUACAUGAUACAUCUGAUCCAAACGGUGUUCGACUACGACGUACUGGUAGCGAACGUAUUAAGGAUGGCGCCAAAGCAUUCCUAAGACGUGUAGAAUCGAUCAAAUCACGUCGACGUAAACGACAAAAUCGAGAAGGUAUUGUUAUAAGCGGGCCACAAGCGCUUGAUUUAUCACAACUUGGUCAACGGAGUCUGCGAAAACCAGAUGCAGUAUACUCAACACCACCAUCACCUUCGGCUGUCAGUCCAAUGCAUACAUUCCCAAAAGGUCCAUUUUUCGGUAACGAAUUAAAGGUGCCAUCACAUAGUGAAAAUUUCUUAAGUCCAAAUCGUGCGAGUCCAAAGCGUACACCAACAACACCGCGUUCAAUGCGCACUAGUCCAUUACACUUCUUCUCUAAUCCAAUGCCCCAUUUAAAAGAAGGCAAAUCAGACGAUUCAUCUUCCUAUUACAGUGACAGUCAGGAAUCUUCUGCAGGUGGCAAAUUAUCCUUACGUAAAACACCUUCAAAAACUCGCAGAUUUUUGCAACGCACUGGUAAAGUGGAUGACAUUGGUGCACACUCAGAUUCAGAAUGCCAUCAUGGUAGGAAAUUAUUAAUCAAAGAUGCAAAUUCUAAUACAACUGAGGUAAAAAUUAAAAAACUGACACGUGGUGGUUCGCUUAAUCUUGGUAAAGAUCCUAAAAAACGCGAAGGUUUCCGUACCGCCAGUUUUCGCUCACGUUCCACAACUCGUAAAGAAACCAAAACUGAUGAUGGAGAUGUUGUUAAAAAAACACCAGUUGUGCGGUGGCACAGUUUCCAAAUGGAGGAACGACCACAUAUGAUAUUCCGAAAAUGUUUUUCACAAAAAAUUGAUCCGAACUCAAAUGAUUAUGGCAUUCCUUUUGCUGCUAUGUCAGCAGGGCAGUUGCAGAUUAUACGAAAAUUGGCUUUAGUAAUACUGACUGGUUAUAUGGAACGAUACUGUCCAACACAUCGUUCGGGUUGGAACUGGGAGCUACCCAAAUUUAUAAAGAAAAUCAAAAUGCCAGAUUAUAAGGACAAGAAAGUUUUCGGUGUCCCACUGUUACUCAUACUACAGCGAUCUGGGCAAACAUUACCAACUGCAGUACGCUCUGCUUUCCGCUGGCUGCAACUGAAUGCACUGGACCAGAUCGGUCUAUUCCGCAAAAGUGGUGUUAAGUCGCGUAUUAUCAAAUUAAAGGAAUUAAUAGAAUAUUCCGAGUCAACAGCUGAGUGCAUGGAUGUAUUUGACACACAACAGGCAUACGACGUUGCUGACAUGUUAAAGCAAUAUUUCCGUGACCUGCCAGAAUCAUUACUGACCACAAAAAUGUCGGAAACAUUUGCUGCCAUAUUCCAACACUUGCCCUCGGAAGUACGCUUAGAUGCGGUACAGUGUGCAGUUUUGCUAUUACCAGAUGAAAACCGUGAAAUACUUUUUGCUUUGCUGGAAUUCCUGACACUUGUCGCUGGGAAUGCCCAAUAUAAUCAAAUGACUGCUAAUAAUCUAGCGGUGUGCUUAGCGCCGUCUUUAUUUCAUAGCAGCAUUUCGACAGGCUCAGCUUCCGUCUCAGCAUCGCCUAGGCGUCGUAAGGGUGCUGGCGUGCCCGAUGUAAAGGAACUUUCGGAAGCAAAAGCAUCUCAUGAAUGCUUAGCUUUUAUGAUUGAUAACUAUAAGCAAAUCUACACAGCAAGCAAAGAAAAAAUUAAUAAAUGUAACUUUGGCUACAUGGAAGAGUCCAAACCUGUACCACUGGAAGCAUUGGGUGAGGGUAUGCAAUUUCAUAAUUGGCGCGGUUACUUAUAUGAAUGUACAAGUGCAACUAUAAAGGAAGGUCGCGAAAAAACUCGUGGCUGGUUCACUAUAACUUCACUAAAUGACACAAGCGUUGAUAUAGCCUAUAAAAAAGUGGGUGAUGGUCAUCCAUUGAGACUUUGGCGUUGUGUUACUGAAGUGGAAGGCCCACCUAAAGAUGUGUUAGAAUAUAUAAUUAAACAAAGAGCUUCAUGGGAUGUCAAUCUGUUGCAGUGUCAAACAGUUAAAAAACUGGACGAACGCACUGAAAUCUAUCAAUAUGCUUUGGAUGGGCAGAUAACAACAGAUUUUUGUGUAUUAAGAUCUUGGCAAAUGGACUUGCCACGAGGCGCAUGUGUUAUUGUGGAAACGUCUAUUGAUCAUAAUAAGGCAAAACCAAUGUUCGGCGCUGUGCGUGGCGUAGUUUUGGCUUCACGUUAUUUAAUUGAACCUUGUGGCAGUGGCAGAUCGCGGGUAAUGCAUUUAGCCAGAGUCGAUAUUAAGGGUAAAACGCCUGAGUGGUACAAUAAAAGCUAUGGGCACAUCUGUUCACACUACUUAUCCAAAAUUCGCAUCGCUUUCAAGCACGUAGCAGAUGGACCCGAAAGCAAAGUUUAA